UUUAGGCGACUGCGCAUUAUUAUUCUAAAUAUGGCAUGCAUAUUCUUGAUAAAGUUGCAAUGUGUGCAGCGAGAUGUAUGAAGACUGGAUUAGUUGACCGACAUGAUUCAAACUUUUGCAUAAUUCAUAAUUUGCCUGUAUUUAUGUGCUAAUACGCGCUGUUAGUUUGUUGGUUGCAAUGGAAAAAGGUUUAGUGUACUUGAGUUUAAUUCAAUCAACACAAAACCGUGUUUAAGUUAAGCAUUAUAUUUAGUUCUGCUGUAAAUCACUGUUUGUAAUAAUGCAUGCCAUGAAACUAUUUCAAGAUGCAUAUGCUUGUAAUUUAUAUUUAUAGUUUAACAUUGGGGUCUUUCUCUGGUUAAAUCCACUGUCAAAGUCAUUUCAAGCUGAUUAGUUCUUGUAAGCAGAUCAGCUUUGGUUCUUCUGCUUGCUGCUUCAGUCAACAUGCAUUCCAAGUCUGUAACGUUUUUACAUUUGUACAAGAGUAUCAUCCUAAUUCUGUUCAUUUAUGAUUUUAAAAUGCCUUUUAACUUGUUCCAUUUGUAAACCCGGCACUUAAAGGAUGUUUCUUAGGGCAAAAGCAGUGGAAGCCAUCAGUUACUGAGAAACACAGGCUGCAUAAAGAGUCCUUUGUGCCCCAGUGUGUGUGUUAAGAAUACUGGGGCAGUGGAACAGAUGAAGGCUGUGUGAAACACUUCCUUGUGUUUGUACAGAGUGAGGAGCUCUGAAUACCUCAGCAUGCUGCUUUUCUCUGUGAUCGAGACUCAAACCCGGGUUCAUGCAUACCAAUAUGCUAAGUUACUAACAAAGUGACAUGGAGUGAGGAGAUGAGGACUCUCUCUCUCAGCGGUCAUGUGGGUUUUGACAGUCUUCCUGAUCAGCUGGUCAGCAAAUCAGUGAGCCAAGGAUUCAGCUUCAACAUUCUCUGCGUAGGUGAAACUGGCAUAGGCAAAUCUACAUUAAUGAACACGCUAUUUAACACAACGUUUGAGAAUGAAGAGACCAGCCACUUCCAGAACGGGGUGCAUUUACGCCCCAGAACAUACAGCCUGCAGGAAAGCAAUGUGGAUUUGCAGCUAACCAUUGUAGACACUGUGGGAUUCGGCGACCAGGUUAAUAAAGAAGAAAGUUAUAAACCUAUUGUGGACUACAUUGAUGCUCAGUUUGAAAACUUCCUUGAAGAAGAACUUAAAAUCAAACGUUCCCUUUAUAACUAUCACGAUUCACGCAUCCACAUCUGCCUCUAUUUUAUUGCUCCCACCGGUCACUCACUGAAAUCUCUGGACUUAGUUACCAUGAAGAAGCUGGACAGCAAGGUCAACAUUAUUCCCAUCAUAGCGAAGGCAGACACUAUAUCCAAGAGCGAGCUUCAAAAAUUUAAGAUCAAGAUCAUGAGUGAACUGGUCAGCAACGGUGUUCAGAUCUACCAGUUCCCAACAGACGAUGAAGCCGUGGCUGAAAUAAACUCUUCUAUGAAUGCACAUCUCCCUUUUGCUGUGAUCGGAAGCAGUGAAGAAGUUCAAAUUGGGAACAAAAUGGUGCGGGCCAGACAGUACCCGUGGGGCGUGGUGCAGGUGGAGAACGAGAGUCACUGUGACUUUGUAAAGCUGAGAGAGAUGCUAAUUCGUGUCAACAUGAUGGACCUGAGGGAACAGACCCACGCCAGACACUAUGAGCUGUACCGCCGCUGCAAACUGGAGGAGAUGGGCUUCAAAGACACCAACCCUGACAGCGAACCCUUCAGUCUGCAGGAGACAUAUGUGGCCAAGAGAAGAGAAUUCAUUGGUGAGUUACAACUCAAGGAGGAGCAGAUGAGACAAAUGUUUGUCAACAAAGUGAAGGAGACAGAAGCUGAACUAAAAGAGAAGGAGAGAGAGCUGCAUGACAGAUUUGAGAUGCUGAAACGUACACAUCAGGAGGAGAAGAGGAACCUGGAGGAGAAGCGUAGAGAUUUAGAGGAGGAAAUGAACACCUUCAACAGGAGGAAAGUGGCUGCUGAAACCCUACAGUCUCUUCAAGGCUCCUCUGCCCUCAAAAAAGACAAAGAGAAGAAAACGUAAGCCUUCUCCUCCUCUUUUUCCCCCAUUUCAACCUCUGAGACUAUCUGUUCCCAUCUCUGGUAGUCACCGUCUGUGAAUGAGACUGAUCUGUGUCUGCAUUCACAAGCGUCUGAGGUCUUUUUGUUUGUCUGAGUUGGCUGACCGUCUUUGCUUCUUCUGGGCUCUGAAGCCAGGGCAGAGGAUGCUGUAAUAUUAGAGCACGCUAGACAGGAUCUGGGCAUGUUUAAGGAGAAAGAGAUAGAUGAUGACACUAGUUGCCUGGUACUGCCAGCUGCCGGAUCAGCAUGCAUUUACGCCCCCCGAUUGAGUGUGUUUGCCAUUUUUUUCACUCACUUUGAAUAAAAUGAGGUUUUGAUUGCUUGAAAUAUGUGUUAGUGCUCUCGGUUGGUAACAUUGUUUUUAUAAUCUAGCUGAUUUUAUUUCUAUUAAACAUUUCUUUUCAGUUAACUGGCGUCCCAAGGAAGCAUCGGCAUCAGUAACUGCUCAGUAAUUUUACAGCUUGUCAUGCUUUCAGGUGAUGGUUAAAUGUAAAACGAGUACAAUUCAGACUGUGAUGAUUCACUGAUGUGUACUUGAUUCUUCUGGAUUUACAUUUUUAUUAAAGGGAUAGGGGUUCACCCAAAAAAAUACAUUAUGUCAUAAUUUAUUCACCCUCAUGUUGUUCCAAACUCGUUUGAUAUUCUUUCUUUUGUUCUUAACAUAACAUAUUUUGGUUUUAAUGAUAAGCAAAAUCAUUUUUUGUGUUACACUGAAGAAAAUAAAAAAAGUGGGUGAGUAACUUUUCAUUUUUGUGUGAACUGUGUAAGUAAACAUGAAAGUUCUGUUUAAUAUUGUAUUGGUUUGAUUAAAACCAAUUAACUUUGUCAUUGUAUUAUAUUAAUAAAGAACUUUUAACAUAUAAAUUUGAUUUUUAUACAUGAAUAUAUUUUCCUCUAAGCAGUUUUACCAGAUUGAAAAGACUGUACAAAAUGAAUUGUUUUAUAUUAACCAGAAUAAUUAUGAUAUUUUUACAUGUUAAAUAUCUCUGCUGAUGUUAUGGCUUACCUCUGCUAUACAAAUGCAAAAUGUAAAUUUUUUCAAUUUAAAAUAAAAAGUGCUUUUACAGUU